AUGUCGUCGUCAACAACGUCUUCGGAAUCUGUUGAUGAUGAGAGCUGCUCGAACGAAUGCUCGGCAUCCUUCACAUUUGAUACAAACAAUAAUAGUCGUGAAAUUGAGGAGCUCGCUGAGGAAACUCACAUGAAACUGAGCAUUACACCUACUCGCGAAUCAUUCUCAUUGGAUCAAUUGGAACGGAUGGUCACCAUCGGGAAAGGAACAUUUGGAAGGGUCGAGUUGGCUCGCGACAAGAUUAGUGGAGCACACUAUGCUCUGAAGGUGCUCAACAUGCAUAAUGUGGUUGAAAUGCGCCAAACCGAACACGUUCAUAACGAGAAGCGUGUCCUCAUGAAGCUUAAGCAUCCAUUCAUUGUGAAAUUGUAUGCCAGCGAAAAGGAUGCAAAUAAUUUGUACAUGAUCAUGGAGUUUGUCCCAGGUGGCGAGCUUUUCUCGUAUCUGAGAGCUACUCGCUCAUUUUCCAACUCGAUGGCUCGAUUCUAUGCUGCUGAAGUCGUCUCCGCUUUAGAAUACAUUCAUAACUUAGGAAUUGUUUAUCGCGAUUUGAAGCCGGAAAAUUUGAUGCUCAGCAAAGAAGGUCACAUUAAACUAGCUGACUUUGGGUUUGCCAAGGAGCUUCGCGACAGAACUUAUACAAUAUGUGGAACUCCAGACUACUUGGCUCCCGAAUCGCUUGCUCGCACCGGACAUAAUAAGGGAGUUGAUUGGUGGGCGCUCGGAAUUUUGAUUUACGAAAUGAUGGCCGGAAAACCGCCAUUCCGUGGAAAGACCACCGCGGAAAUCUAUGACGCGAUAUUCGCGCAUAAUUUGAAAUUUCCGAGAAGUUUCAAUCUUGCAGCUAAGGAUCUUGUUAAGAAACUUCUCACUACCGAUCGCACCAUGAGAAUCGGAUGUAUGAAAAAUGGAACCCAAGAUGUGAAAGAGCAUAAAUGGUUCGAAAAAAUUAACUGGGAUGAUCUCGUCAAUCUUAGAAUUGAAGCUCCAAUAAUUCCAACUCUUUACCAUGCCGGAGAUACGGGCAAUUUUGAUGACUACGAUGAGGACAAGACUGGAGGCGCUAUUGCAGUUCAGCGCGAGCGCGAUCUCUUUGCUGAGUGGUAG